AUGGCGGGGCUGCACCGGAGCGAGCGGGGCCGGGGCCGGGCCGGGCCGGGCGGGCGCUGGCGGCGGGGCCGCUGCGGGGCCGAGGGGCGGCUCCGCCCGGCGGAAAUGGGCGGCACCGGCCGGGCCGGGGCGGGGACAGCGCGGGCAGCGGACCCAUCCCCGGGACUGUGCGGGACACACCCCCGGGACCACCGGGACACACCCCCGGGACCGCUGGGAUCCACCCCCGGGACCACCGGGACCCUGCCGGACCCAUCCCCGGGACUGUGCGGGACACACCCCCGGGACCACCGGGACACACCCCCGGGACCACCGGGACCACCGGGACACAGCCCCGGCACCACCGGGACCCUGCCGGACCCAUCCCCGGGACUGUGCGGGACACACCCCCGGGACCACCGGGACCACCGGGACCCUGUGGAUCCCACCCCCAGGACUGUGCGGGACACACCCCCGGGACCACCCGACACCGUGCGGGACCCAUCCCCGGGACCCAUCGGGACCCCCCUGGACCCACCCGGGACUACCGGAACCCAUUCCCGGGACCACCCGGACCCCUCCUCGGACACCCUGCGGGACCCGCUCCCGGGACCCCCCGACACCGUAUAG